UGAAAAAUCUAACUGGAGCCGAAUCCUACCUUACAUUGAGCGUGUUAGUCACUACGAGGACCAAAAUCAAUAUCGAUCCCUGUACAUACUGAUAUAGAUUCAUCACCAGUAUGCGCCUUGACGUUACUUCCGGUUGACUCUCCUAUCCCUCACAAUGAUGGCCGAUUGUGACUCCUCCCCCGACCACACUCCCUCAAGGGAUUCUGAUUCCUCGGAGGUCAGGGCUAUAUUAUGGGGGAGACUCGGGCGACGCCUGGAGAGUGGCUCAAAUGAAACUCCGGCUAUUGCAGAGCAAACAGAACCGACUUCCGGAACUACUUUUCCGCCGUCUGUGAAACGACCCACGCGUUUAAGUGAUGAAUGGAACGAACUUCGAAGACUGCGCGGCAGCCCUGAUGGUCAGGAUAAUGUUUCCAUUCCAUCGCACAGAAUGGAAAGCAGACGUUCCAUAUGGAAGAACUUCAUAUCCCUGUGCACAAGUCUAAUGUGUGCUUUUAUAUCCUUCCUGCCGUUACGAAAUAUUCAGAGUAGUCUAUAUACGAACUACCAUCUAGGGACCUUAUCACUGGCAGUGAUUUACGGUAGUUUUAUCAUAGGGUGUGUAAUGUCCUCUUGGAUUGCACAGAAUGCCAGGCCAAAAGGUCUCAUCCUCGUUUCCGUCUUCAGUCACGUGCUAUUUGUGGCGGCAAAUAUGUUCCCAGCAUUCAUCACGUUGAUCCCCGCUUCCUGUCUGUUUGGAUUUCUUCAGGCACCGUUGUGGUCAGUACAAGAACUUCUGAUUGGCAGCUACGGCACCAGUUAUUCCGCCGUUACCGGCAUGAGAAUGGAACGCUCCAUACAACAAUUUCAAGGAGUGUUCGUAAUAUUUUGUCACUCGGCACAAAUAUUUGGAAAUCUUUUGGAAUCGCUUGUGUUGGGCAUGGACGAUACUGCAACCAACGUCAUGUUUCAUGGGAACUACUCUAAUUACUUACGGGAAGAGUCCGCCUCGACAAACUGCACCUCCCCAUGUAAAACACCAAUAGCAUAUCCCUUUAACGCUUUUGGGUAUGAAAUUUUCCCCAAUACUAUGUUACUAGACGGAAGGUUACACCAGGUAGAGAUUCUAAAAAUAAUCUUCCUGGCUAUUGGGUGUGUGUCUGUUACCCUAGUAGGGUGUUGUUUACGAAAACCAGACAUCAUUCUGAACAAAAGGAAAAUGUGUUUAAAAGAAAAGGUUCAGGAAAGUUUAAGUUUCUUUAGGACAAAAACAUUCCUCAUGCUUGGAUUAUUGAUGAUAUUUACCGGCAUGCAACAGGGGAUCGUCAUCAAUGACGUCACAAAGGUAUACGGUACAGACGGACUGGGUCUGUCCAUGGUGGGCUACUUCAUGAUGUGCUACGGGACUUGCCAGUUAGCAACUCUGCUCGUUUUGGAAAGGUUCCAGAAACGAGUUAAACCUAUAGUGUUUGUCCUAAAAGGUUUCCUGAUCUCGCUCGGACUUCUGAUCUUGCUCUAUGUUUGGGAGCCGGCAGACGACUGUGUCUAUACCGUCCUUGGAUAUAUGGCUCUCUGGGGGGCAGUGGACGCGGUCUGGCAGUCUCAAGUUCAAAACAUCUUGGUCGCCAACGUAACACGAAAAGAGCCUGCAAUUAUCGGUUUCCGGAUCUGUCAAGGAUUUGGCCUGACCGUUGUGUUCCUAGCGUCCAUCUGGCUCUCACUACUCUAUAAACUGUGUCUCGUGUGUGGCGUCCUCAUCAUGGGUGUGCUGGGAUACAUGAUCCUUGAAAUCAACAACAACCCAAUGACCCCACUGGAACCAAGACCUUUCAAUGUCUGAUAACCCAAUGACCCCACUGGAACCAAGACCUUUCAAUGUCUGAUGACCCAAUGACCCCACUGGAACCUAGACCUUUCAAUGUCUGAUGACCCAAUGACCCCAUUAGAACCAAUACCUUUCAACGUCUGAUGACCCAAUGACCCCACUGGAACCAAGACCUUUCAAUGUCUGAUGACCCAAUGACCCCAUUAGAACCAAUACCUUCCAAUGUCUGAUGACCCCACUGGAACCUAGACCUUUCAAUGUCUGAUGACCCAAUGACCCCACUGGAACCAAGACCUUUCAUUGUCUGAUGACCCAAUGACCCCAUUGGAACCAAGACCUUUCAAUGUCUGAUGACCCAAUGACCCCAUUGGAACCAAGACCUUUCAAUGUCUGAUGACUCAAUGACCCCACUGGAACCAAGACCUUUCAAUGUCUGAUGAGUGGUAAAACAAGGACAACGUUUCACUAGAAUGACGGUUUUUGCAAAUCUAGGUCAUUAAGGUUGCAAGGCUACGUACUAAGUACGCGUAAAUAAAUUGCAUUCCUCUUGGGUCCAUUGUAA